AUGUAUAUGGCGUACGCAUCUAGCCCUCAAGAUUGGAGGCCUCUUCAGGAGAUAGUCGCCUCUGUCAACUGUGAUUCUCGAGAUAAUCUUAUUGCCUUUAUACACAAAAAAAUAUCACAAAUAGAUUCAGGAGACGGCGAUCGAAGAAAAUCUUUUAUGUUGAAUUAUUUAAUACCACAACGCCAACAAUUCUUAAAGCUUCAAUCACUUGUUAAAUGGUCUGAACAUACUGAUAUCAUUAAAAAUUGCGAAUCUUAUCAUGAAGCGGUUCAAAAUCAGCAACAAAAAAUUAAUAUCGUGGAACAAAGUCUUGGAGAACACGCAAAUUUCAUGCCAACUACAAGCGUACGUUCUCUAGAUAUACUCACGGCUAUUGAUGUACUCACGACGGGAAAAUACCAAAGGUUUCCAAGAGCGAUCGAGGAGUUCCUUGCUUCCAAGCCCUUGACGGAUAGUGAGGUCAAAAAAGCCCUAGAGGAACUGAAUAGUGUAAUUGAAUUACGAAUGUUGACCGAAGAAGUGGUUCCUCCAGCUAUGAGAAAAUAUCACGUGGAUAAUGGAAGGAUAACAUUUUUUGUCAAAAAGGAAUUUGAGGUGGUGUUGACAUUAAUUGAUCAAAAACCAGAUUUCCCUUGGCAUAUAAUGGACCUUAAAUUUCUAAUUCAAUCUGCUAAUGAUAAGCUCUAUAGCGAUAUUGAUUUAUCUUUGCAUGAAGUACAAAUCAAUUUUGUUAUACGAAAUGCCCAGCUUAGAUUGUUUCCCAAAAAUCCACCAUUGCCGGAGCUGCCUUUAUCGAGAGUUCCAGGAAAUACAGAGAAAUCUACAUUGAAACCUGCGAGGUCGCUUCCCUUGCUAGAAUUGUAUGAUUUUUUACACACAUUUUGCUUGGAUAUGCAGCUUGAUAUUCUUUAUCAGCAGGCUUUCCGCUUAGCAGGGACAAGAUGGGCAAACAAUUUAUUUUUGGAAACGGAUGGAACUCUUCAUGAUGAACCACGUACUUUCCUUAGGGUUUAUUAUUGGAGAAGUGUGAAGCCUGCUUCUAAUUCAUCAUUUAAAGGCGACGUGAUUGAAAUAACGAUUGCAGAAGAAAAAACAAAGCGCUCUUUAAUACAUUUGUCAAGAUCAAUGCUUUCAAAGUCACAUUGGCUAACUGACACUUCACGUAUCAAACCCGGUGUUCUGAACGAUGGGCGUGGGUUAAAUUAUCCGCACAAAUUCUUGCAAGCUCGCUGGAUAGGUUUAGCGGGCGAGAACACUACUGAGUGGACAGUUUUGGAUUGGGAAUUUGAUCCGACCAAUCUGAGUUUUGAACAUCUAUUACUAUCUGUUACACAGAAACGUGCAGAAUCAGUUAUCAUGGGUUUUAAGAAUGCAUUAUCAUCGCUUGCACUUGCUAAGAGUGCAUUCUCGGAGGAAGAUUUAGAAAUUAUAGAAGGUUGCCAAGAAUUUCCUGAUGAUUUCAUCUCUGAUGACUCACCCAUUUCUGACAAUGUUGCAAAGAAAUUCUUGAAAAUCUCGUCAUUGCGUGUAUGGCUUUUUGGAGAUAGAUAUGUUACUAUUAGUGUAGACAUUAGAAGUGGUAGAAUUAUAAUUGAAGAAAAUAAUAAAAUUGAUGAUAAAGAAUUUAUUAAGAUGUGUGAGGAUAAAAUCAGCUUCGCACAAAAUGACGAUAAUUUAGUCGUACAAACGCUUUGUUACCUAAAAUUCAAAUCCAGGAUUGAUCAAAUUGAAAAGGCAGCUAAAUAUUUGCAGUUUGAUAUACAUCGUAGCCUGAUAUUACGUAAAGAAGAUCUCAAUCAAUUGGGCACAAAUCAUUGCGCGUACCUUCGUUUCCCACAAUACGAUAAUCACUUUCUAAUCUGUGGGAUUGUGAAUGGUGGCUUGCGUUAUUGGUUGACGACUCUAAGCCGAGAGCCACCAGUUAAAAGGUUUAUAUUAGUUAAAGAUGCAAAAGAUCCUACCCAUAAGCUGUCGUCUAGUGAACCUAUAUACUUAGAGGAAGAAAGGAAUAGCUUUAUAGAUAAAGCAAGUUUAGAAUUGCAAAAAGAGGGUCCUUUACCUAUGGAUGGUGGCGUUCUUUGUGGGAAACGAAAUUUUGAAGAAAUUGAUGAUAAAGCAGAAGGAACAUCACCGAGAAAAAAGCUCGUACGAGCUAACACUGGUCUCGAAUAUGAAAUUGUACACCUUGCCAGGAUUUCAGCACUUUGUCGUGCUCGCAUAUCUUAUCUUAGAAUGAAAGAGCAGAUCAAAUCACAUGAAUUGUCAUUUACUGUCAUACAGCCUGAUAAAUCCCUUGAAUUUAUCGAUCCCGAUUCCUCCAUAUCUUUAACAUCAUCUAUUCCAGUUUUGAAAAUGGACAGACAAUCAAUAUUAGCAAAAAUGCAAAUAUCAAUUGAUAAAACUUUGAAUGUUUUUGGGGACAUUUAUAUUCGAUUCGUUGGCUCUCGUUUAUUAACAACUACAGCAUGCUCGGUAUAUAUGAUUAAUUAUUCAGUUAUAUUAUGGCUAAUGUAUUUGAGUGAUGCCAAAACCAAACCUCUGAGGUUAAACUUGUCAUUAUUAUUUGUGUUUCUUUUUGACAACGUUAGAUACGAUCCAGUCUCUCAAGUUAUAUCUUUUAAAUACGAGGCUGAAGAUUCUUAUAUCAAAAAUUUUAUUCGAGAUUGGAGUAGUAUAGUAAUGAUUUGUCAAGCUGCCUCUCAAGUGAGCACACCAUCAUGGACGGAUACCUCCAUUAAAAUCGCGCCCUUUAAUUUCCGGACCGUUAAAGUCAUAUAUUCACAGGACUUAUUUUUCGAUAUUAGUUGUAAGUCUGAUCGAUAUUCGUUACAAUUUGGUACUACUGAUACAACAAAGAGUCGGAAUCCACACCAACGAAUAAGUAUAUAUCUCCAAAAUACUUUGAAUUGCGAAUGUAACGUCGGAUCUUUAAUCACUACACUGACGCGGACGACCCCUUUGUUUUCUGCUUUGGAUGCGCUUGAAAAGAAUACGAUUUAUGUAGGAGAGCGUGUUUUAAAUAUCAUUCCUCGAUCUUCUUAUCAUAUUCAACAAUUUCCAAAAUAUGGAUUGGACAUUGAAGUGAGAGAAGAAAACAAAAUUUUUAUGUAUGAUACAUCUUUAGAUUCUCGAAUUACUUCUUUAAAACGAAUACCGUUAUGGGAGAAGUUUUUUGAGUCGGUCAUUUCAAACGAUAAAAUUUCCAUAAGUGAUUUUAUCCCUUUAUCGGAGGGAUUCGUUAUUCCCAUUGGUGAUACGCAUAAAGUAUUAGAAUGGUUAGAUUCUCAUAUUCGUUCAUAA